ACAUAUAUUGAAAACAGAGCCGCGUGCGUUUAACAACAAAAAAAGCGAGUCGGAACUUAAUUCGAACGCCGAAUUUCGCGACGAGCCGUCUUCAGCGUGACACAAAGAUCAUUAAACUGGAGCGCUAAUCUAGCGACAAGCCUGGAUCUUGUUGUAAUGGCAGAAGCAGAAGGAGCAGGUGUCGACCUCAGCAGGAAGUUUGUGUCUGAAGCGGAGCUUGAUGAGAGGAGGAAAAAGAGACAGGAGGAAUGGGAGAAAAUCAGAAAACCUGACGACCCAGAGGAGGUCCCAGAGGAGGAGUAUGACCCACGCUCCCUCUUUGAGCGGCUGCAGGAACAGAAAGACAAGAAACAAGAAGAAUAUGAGGAGCAGUUUAAAUUCAAGAACAUGGUGAGGGGAUUGGACGAGGAUGAGAGCAGUUUCUUGGAUGAGGUCUCCCGGCAACAGUGUCUGGUGGAGAAACAACGCAGGGACGAGGAGAAAAAGGAGCUGUUGGAAUACAGAAGCGCUCUUGUGAAGCAAGCAUCUGCAGAGAGCCGCAGAGAACCUGAAAAGAAGGCGGCACCUAAAGGGGUGGAGCACAGGACCAGCCACCUGUCACAGGCCCAUUUAUUAGUUGGAGCUGUAAAGAGACGCAAUUCCUCACAAUCAGACAGCAGUAAGAAACAGAAAGUGGAAAUCACAACAACAGCAACGACAGGAAAUGGAGAAAAACACACAGGUCUUACACUUAAGUUGUGCUUUCCAGAAGAGGGGGGCGGAGCAGGAGGAGGGGCAGAGGGAGCCAAAGAUCAACAGACAGUCCCUGGCGUCACUGCAAAGCCGCCCUCAGCCGCCUUGAGCUCCGGCCAAGGCGUACUACACUUGCCAUCAGCGGCCGUGUGUGUCGGUGUUUUACCAGGACUCUGCGUUUAUUCCGGCAGCAGCGACUCUGACAGCAGCUCGGACAGCGAAGUUUAAGCCGAGCAACCAAUCCCGCACUGCCUACCCUGAUGACAUCCUGCCCCCCCUACACUCCCUUCCCAACCCAAGCCACAACGGCUGCAAGCUGUGCUAUUGGCUGAGGGAACAGUGAUUGACAGCUGUGGAGCAAGGAAGAGACUGCUUUAGACUGUCACAUGACUCACACCUUUUAGCUAUCUGCAGCAGAGGAGUGAGAGCAGGACUGCGUUUGGGUUGAAUGCCGAGUCUGUUUGGAUUGAAAAAUUCUGUUUUUAUUUGUGUGACGUAAUGUAUGUUUGUUUAAAAGUUGCUUUAUUCUGGGAAAAUGCUGGACUGUUUAUUGCCGUCUCAGACUUCGGGGCAUCUGAGAAGAAUGAAAUAAAGAGAUUUCCCUGUGU